ACAGUGUUUAUGAAUGGAAAAUUCUGCAAGGAUCCAAAGCUUGCAACAGUGGAUGAUUUCUUCUUUUCGGGAUUGAAUGUGCCUGGAAACACAUCGAAUCCAGUUGGUUCAAAUGUUACAUUAGUAAAUGUUGAUAAACUCGCUGGCCUUAACACCCUUGGUAUCUCAAUAGCCCGUUUGGAUUUUGCACUAUAUGGUCUCAACCCUCCUCACACGCACCCUCGCGACAAUGAGCUCCUUACUGUCUUGGAGGGCACCCUCUUUCUCGAUUUUGUUACCUCAAACCCAGAAAAUCACCUAAUUACCAAGGUUCUUAACCCAUGUGAUGUUUUUGUGUUUCUCGUGGGACUCAGUCACUUCCAGUUUAAUGUUGGAGACACCAAUGCAGUGGCCAUAGCUGGUUUAAGUAGCCAGAAUCCGGGAGUCAUCACUAUUGCAAAUGCAGCUUUUGGUUCAAAGUCGUCCUUCUCUAUUGAUGUUCUGACUAAGGCCUUCCAAGUUGACAAAAAUGUGAUCAACUAUCUGCAAGCUCAAUUCUGGAUGGAUAAUCCUGGGGGACAUUACCCGACGUUCGUUAGGAUGUUCUAUGCCAACCUUGGCAAUGAUGAGAACGGGUACUUCUCCCGUGUUUUGAGGAUAGAUGUGCGCUUUGACGCACAAUAUAUAUCUGACGUCCUAGACAUUGGCAGUGGCGAUUUUGAGUGCCCCGAGGUGGGGAACAUUUGGACGCCCUCUAGAGCAGCUGCAACACAUGUUGAGGCCCCACAGGAGCCACCAGAGCCUCCACAGCCAUCGAAUGUGGAUCUCAUGGCUGCCAUUUCUGGCCUGUUUGACAUGUUCAUACAGUUUCGAGGAUCAGUCCAAAGCAACAUGGUGUUAGAAGCAGCUGCAAAAGAAUUUCUUGUUGCUUCAUUAUGCCAGAUAAUCCUGCUUACAAUUAGAAUAGGGAUGACUGAUUCCUGUGGAUGUGGUCCGUGGAGCCUGGAGGAGACGAUGACUCGAGCUGGGGAUCGUUCGCACUUCACAGGCUCGUAG